AUGAUUAGAUCCAAGAACAGAUUAGUUGCGUGCGAAACAUAACAUUGUGGGUACGAUGUCGUUGGAUUUCACACUCGAAUCAUUCACCGUGGAAACCAACGACGGCGUCAAACUCCGUACGAGGUUGUUCAAGCCCGGUCCAGACAUAACCAUCAAAGACGAAAACAUUGCAAUCGUUCUCGUCCACCCAUACUCCGUUUUGGGUGGUUCUCAAGGUCUCCUCAAAGGUAUCGCUUCUGGGUUAGCUCUAAAUGGUUACACCGCCGUCACUUUUGACAUGAGAGGCGUCGGAAAAUCCACCGGCAGAUCUUCCCUCACCGGAUUCGCUGAAAUUAAGGAUGUUGUCUCUGUCUCCAAGUGGGUCUCUCACUCUCUCUCCAUUCCUAAAAUCCUUCUCAUUGGCUCUUCCGCAGGUGCUCCUAUUGCCGGUUCUGCUGUUGAUAAGGUUGAGGAAGUAAUUGGAUAUGUGAGUAUUGGUUAUCCAUUUGGAAUCACUGCUUCGAUUCUUUUUGGGAGGCACCAUAAAGCUAUACUGCAAUCUCCAAAACCCAAAUUGUUCAUUAUGGGGACACAAGAUGGGUUUACAAGUGUGAAACAGCUGAAGAACAAGGUUAAAUCUGCGGCGGGGAGAGUUGAAACGCAUCUGAUUGAUGGGGUUGGGCAUUUUCAAAUGGAAGGGCCUGAUUAUGACGCUUACAUGGUGGAUUUGAUAGUUAAGUUUAUUGAAUCAUUGUGAUUGUAACUAUAAACAAAUAUAACUUAUUCAUGAGUGUGAAUUUUGUUUCAUUACUAAGAUUAGUUUUGUGUACAUAAUCUGGCUGUUGAAUCUGCAGAUUAGACUCUUGAUUUGUAUUCUGUUGUAUGCAAAAUUCUAAAAUAGAACUUCACCCAAAUACAUUAUGUUGUGAUUCCUGGGAACAAAUCAAGUAACAAUAAUAUCAACACAGCCAGAAAGGUCAAGGAUACUACAAUUGGAAAAAUAGAUUAUAUUGAGAUUUUGUGUGAAGUUAGGGGCAAGAGACUUUUUGAGAGAAUAAUAUUUUGUUUGGUUCAUAGAUGAUAAAUUCUUGUCUAUAUAUAGGCAUGUGUCUUUACUAUAAUUAUUAUACAACAUUUUUAGUAAUGUUUUAUAGUGUUA